AUGCCCUCUCAGCCGGUCGAAACAUGGUAUACCGACGCUGUUCAACCCCUGAACAGGGAGAACUUCCUGUCGUUACUGAGAGGCAACAUUCCAGCCAUACGAAUCUCAGCUUUUGCCAGUUUGGAAACGUCCCAUCGGCUUGCAAAAGAGGUCACCUCGAUGUUGACACCAUACCUGCACGCCACCGGACCUGCCGUUGAAAAGGUUGGGGUAGCGCAGUUUGAAUUCCAAGCCCAGUCCGCGGAAGAUUACAACAAACGAACAGGAAACGAGAAGGACCAAUACUUCAGUGAGGUUGCCAAGCUGAAGAACCUACACGACGAUCUUGCCAAAGCAGUAGGAGAGAAUGUCUGGGCGAAGGCUGUGGCCACACUGGCGGCUCUGGUGCCUGAAUGGGAUGUUGGAGUCGCGACGGAAGGCCAGAACCGAGAAUAUUUCUCAGGAAUCUUCCGCUGUAUCAACAACGGGGUGCCUAUCCAUUGCGACUGGUGCCCGUACGAUUGCAUUACGGAGGACUGGAUAAUCAACAAAAUAACGCACCAAGCUGUGUUCAACCUUUACAUAACACACGUCGAAGGCGGCAGAACUACGAUGUACGAUGUCCAAUGGUCGCCCGAUGCUUUGAAGUAUCGCGAUCCAGAGACAUAUGGCUAUUUUCCGAAGCUUGUCGAGCACCAGAAGAGCUGCACUUUUGAGCCUGAAAUCGGAGACCUGUUUAUUUUCAACUCAAGAAACAUGCACACAGUGCGUGCGGUCGACGAUGUAAAAGGUCCGGGUCGAGUGGCGAUGGCAAGCUUCAUGGGUUUGCUUCCUCCAUCAGAAACGGGCGGAAGGCCCAAACUCAUCUUUUGGUCAUGA